AUGGCCGUGCCCUUCGUGGAGGACUGGGACUUGGUGCAGACCCUGGGAGAAGGUGCCUAUGGAGAAGUUCAACUUGCUGUGAAUAGAAGAACUGAAGAAGCAGUCGCGGUGAAGAUAGUCGACAUGAAGCGUGCCAUAGACUGUCCAGACAACAUUAAGAAAGAGAUCUGCAUCAAUAAAAUGUUAAAUCAUGAGAAUGUAGUGAAAUUCUAUGGUCACAGGAGAGAAGGCAAUAUCCAAUAUCUAUUUCUGGAGUAUUGUAGUGGAGGAGAACUUUUUGAUAGAAUCGAGCCAGACAUAGGCAUGCCUGAGCAAGAUGCUCAGAGGUUCUUCCAUCAACUCAUGGCAGGGGUGACUUAUCUGCAUGGCAUUGGAAUCACUCACAGGGAUAUUAAGCCAGAAAAUCUCCUAUUGGAUGAAAGGGAUAACCUCAAAAUCUCUGACUUUGGCUUGGCGACAGUGUUUCGGCACAAUAACCGUGAACGUUUACUGAACAAGAUGUGUGGGACUUUGCCUUACGUGGCGCCAGAACUUCUGAAGAGGAAAGAAUUCCACGCAGAACCAGUGGAUGUUUGGUCCUGCGGAAUAGUGCUGACUGCAAUGUUGGCUGGGGAAUUGCCAUGGGACCAGCCCAGUGACAGUUGUCAGGAAUAUUCUGAUUGGAAAGAAAAAAAAACAUACCUCAACCCUUGGAAAAAAAUCGAUUCUGCUCCUCUAGCCCUGCUGCAUAAAAUCCUCGUUGAGAAUCCAUCAGUAAGGAUCACCAUCCCAGACAUCAAAAAAGAUAGGUGGUACAACAAACUACUCAAGAAAGGGGCAAAGAGGCCCCGAGUCACUUCAGGUGGUGUAUCGGAGUCUCCUGGUGGAUUCUCUAAACACAUUCAGUCCAAUUUGGAUAUCUCUCUAGUCAACAGUGCUUCUAGUGAAGAAAAUGUGAAAUACUCCAGUUCCCAGCCAGAACCACGGACAGGCCUUUCCUUAUGGGACACCAGCCCGCUGUACAUUGAUAAGCUGGUACAGGGGAUCAGUUUCUCCCAGCCCACGUGUCCGGAUCACAUGCUUCUGAAUAGUCAGUUACUUGGCACCCCGGGAUCCUCACAGAACCCCUGGCAGCGCUUGGUCAAAAGAAUGACACGAUUUUUUACCAAAUUGGAUGCAGACAAAUCUUACCAGUGCCUAAAAGAGACUUGUGAGAAAUUGGGCUAUCAAUGGAAGAAGAGUUGUAUGAAUCAGGUUACUGUAUCAACAACUGAUAGAAGAAACAAUAAACUGAUUUUCAAAGUGAAUUUGGUAGAAAUGGAUGAGAAGAUCUUGGUUGACUUCCGGCUUUCUAAGGGUGAUGGAUUGGAAUUCAAGAGACACUUCCUGAAGAUUAAAGGCAAGCUGAGUGAUGUUGUGAGCAGCCAGAAGGUUUGGCUUCCUGCCACAUGA